AUGACUACGCCCAUCGACGAGCGGGCCGAGCCCAAGUACAACACAAUGACUGCUCAGAGGUCUUCAGAUGAGGAGGGCACAGUCAUCGGAGAAGGGUCUCAGCAAGGCUCCAACGGCAGGGAGCGUGCCAACAGUCACCUGGCCCCUAUACAAACUGCUCCCUUGGACGCGGCGGACCCAUUGAAGACGCUGCAUUCGCCGUCUCAGACUCGAGAGCAGGCCCACCGGCUGGACGAUGACCUGGCAAUGUUGCAGAUAGAGCGGCAGGUAUCACAGGCGAACGAGAUGGAACGCGAGCAGUCGCAGACGCGGAUGCACAAGUCAAGAUCACGGCGGGAAGACCCAGUGGACGAGUUCGAUGCCGCCACAAAUCCAUUACAUGAGAAAGCCGCAAUGUACAAGCCUCCAGAGAACCCGACGACCAAGUUCGCCCAAUUUUUCAAGAGAGUCCACGAGUCCAGCUUUCUGAUCAGAUACUUUACCUACAUUACCCCCCUGGUUCUGAUAAUCCUGAUCCCUCUGUUGCUUGGCGCCCUCAUCUUCCCAGACGCCACCGUUGGCGGUGUCGAGCUUUUCUGGUUCUCAAUAUGGCUGGAAAUUGUCUGGCUUACAUUGUGGGCAGGCAGGAUCCUCGCCAAAUGUCUUCCGUGGCCCAUCGGAAUCGUCUCGAGCUUGUUCACGAACAACAGUAAAAAGUGGAGAGACAUGGGAAAACAGCUCGAAUUACCGGCUACGUUGUUCUUCUGGUGGCUUGCCAUUGAGAUCUCCUUUCUUCCCACCAUGAAGAACCAUCACCAAGACGGAAGCAAGGCAACUAGAGAAUGGGAAAGCGACAUGAACAAGGUUCUGGUUGCCUUGUUCGUGGGGGCCGUAUUGAAUUUUGUGGAAAAAAUCAUCAUCCAGCUCAUCGCGAUCAGCUUCCAUUUGCGGACAUACCAGGAUCGCAUCGAGCUCAACAAGUUUCAGAUCGGCAGCUUGACCAAGCUAUACAAGUUCUCAAAAGAGAAAAUUGCCAUGGAGGAUUCUGAGUUCGAUGUGCCGUCAGGAGGGGCCUCUGGCGCCCGCACACCCGGCCAACUUGUACAGGAAGCCCAGAAAACCACCCGGGAGGCAAUCAGUAAAUUCGGCGAUGUUGCUGGCAAGAUCGCAGGUGAUUUCACUGGACGGCAGGUCGCAACCAGUACGCACCCGCACCAGGUCGUCUUGACGCUGUUGGGCACCGUUGGAGGCAGUCAGGUGCUCGCCCGCCGCCUUUAUCGGACGUUCGCACGCGAGGAGACCGAAACCGUAUACUCCGACGACCUGAAGAGUGCUUUCGACAACGACGAGGAAGCUGAAGCCGCUUUCUCCAUGUUCGACAAAGAUAUGAAUGGCGACAUCUCCAUGGAGGAGCUGGAGGCCGUCUGUGUCGAAAUUGGUCGCGAACGCAAAGCCAUCACCGCAUCACUGAAAGACCUCGAUUCAGUUGUCAGCAAGCUCGAUGAUGUGUUCAUGUUCAUCGUUGCUAUCAUCACCAUCCUCGUCUUCAUUUCCUUAAUAUCGACAUCUGCCGCUGGCGUGCUCACGUCCGCCGGGUCAACUGUCCUUGCGCUAUCCUGGUUGUUCUCUGCGACUGCUCAAGAGUUCUUACAAUCCAUCAUCUUCGUUUUCGUCAAGCAUCCCUUCGAUGUCGGCGACCGUGUGGGCAUUUAUGGCAACACCGGUGUGCUAGGUAAGGGCGACGAUUACUUCGUGAAGGAAAUCGCUCUGUUGUACACGGAGUUCAAGAAGAUGGAAGGCCACGUUGUACAGGCGCCCAACAGCUACCUCAACACUCUGUUCAUUCUGAAUCAGAGGCGGUCUGGCGCGCUUGCCGAAGCCGUGCCAGUCACCGUGAAGUUUGGCACCACAUUGGAGCAGAUCGACGGACUGCGACAGCGCCUGCUCGAGUUUGUCACAACCGAGAAGCGGGAGUAUCAAGGCAAGAUUCUUACGGAGCUUCGCGAAGUGGCGGAGGCUCACUCCAUCACCUUGAACGUUGUCUUCUUUUAUAAGUCGAACUGGCAGAACGAGUUGCUCCGUCUACAGCGACGCAACAAGUUCAUCUGCGCCAUGAUGGUGUCCAUGCAACAACUCGGCAUUGAAGGUCCGCGCAUGCGCUAUCCAGGCCAGAAGGAGUCCUUCCCUCUGUACAUGCAGAACAUUCCCCACAUCGAUAUUCCUAACAUGGGCCACGGGGGUUAUCCCGAUCGUCCAGAGGGCUUUCCACGUAAUGCACCGCAAGAUGCACCGUUCGUUGCGGCCGCCGACCAGCAGCAGCAGCAGCAGCAACCGUUCGGAGACCCUUCCAAUCAGAUGCAUUCAAUCCUUCGGACGGGCUCCACUCGCCCCCGCGGCGAAUCGCUCUCCGCUAUGGGCAGGCGUGUUGACUUUUCACUCGGCAUGAAGGACAUGUCAGCCGGCGACAUGAACGACGACGACCUUUUUGCGGACAGGCAAAGGGCUCGUAUCCCGAUUAGCGUCAGCUCUCCUUCGCCUUCCCGCUCUUCCCAGGAUCGACGUCACUCUCAAGACAGCGUCGGUCGUUCUACUUCCAUUUCCGGGUCUGCCGAGCCGCAUCUCCAGCGCAUCGCUACCGACAGUUCUGACGCGAGAAGGCGGAGCAAUCACCGUAACAGAUUCUUCGGCCGCAAGCGGACGGAUGAGGACGACGUCAACCGCAUGGAAUCCGGCAUGGCUGACAUACCUGAAGAAGGUCGACUAGACACGCGGACGGGUAUGGUCAGCCCUGCAGCUAUGCGCAUGGACACCACCGACAGAGCCAGGGAUGAGGCUCCGGGCGCUUUCUUGUUCGUUGAUCGAGAUUUUGCCGCGCCGAAGAGGAGCCAGACGGAUAAUUAUGAAAUGAGGAGAUUCCGUUGA